AUGAAAAAUGUAACGAGAAUACCCCCAGAUGGCGAACUUAACAAAAAACUGGCUAAUAAAGUUGUUCUAAACGUGGGUCUUUGCAUUGCUUUGUUCGACAUUACAAGCCUCAAGGAGUCAUUUAUAAUUCCAAGCGACGGAGCUUCCCACACAGUAGUGCAUUUUCGAUACAUCGUAUUUAGACCGUUUAUGGAAGAAAUUUUAGUAGGAAAAAUUCGAACUUGCAGCGAGGAAGGCGUUCACGUUACCCUCGGAUUUUUUGAUGAUAUUUUAAUACCCCCAAACGCCUUGCAACAUCCUGCAAAGUUUAACGAAACUGAACAGGCUUGGGUGUGGGAGUACGACAUGGGCGACGGAAAUAAACACGAUUUGUUUAUGGACGCGGGGGAGAAUAUCCGAUUUAGGGUUACCGCGGAAACUUUUAUGGAGACGUGUCCGACUGGACCAUCCACUGCUCAGGACUCGCAGGAGAAUUUGGAUGGUAAAGUGCCAUACAAAUUGAUUGGGAGUAUAAAUGAGCCUGGUCGGUUAGGGAUUGAAUAA